AUGGCAAGUAAACUUAAAUUAAAUAAAAAGAAAUGUUCAAUCUCAAUUGGUGCAUUGAACACAGCUUCAACAAUUUCUAAACAUGUUGUAAGUACCACAAUUCAAUCUUGUCACACAAGAUAUGAAAGAACACUAAGUUUUCUGACAGUUCCAAGAAUUUCGGAAAAUAUACCAGAUCAAAUAAUUAAUAAAGAUAAUAUUAAAAUUCCUAAUACAAUGAAAUUAGCAGACCCUAGUUUUCAUCAACCUGCUCCAGUUGAUAUUUUAUUGGGGGCAGGUGUUACCAUGUCAUUAUUUACACAAGGACAAAUAGAUUUGUCUAAAUCUGGUGGCCCUGAUUUAUUCUUACAAAGAACUAAAUUUGGAUGGGUCAUCGGGGGGAGUGCACCUACAAAGGUCUCAUCGCAACAAGUGUCUUGCCACCUGGCAUCAGACAUGCACUUUGAUUUCUCAAAAUUUUGGGAAAUUGAAGAAGUAAAAGAUGUUUGUCAUCUCACAGCAGAUGAAUUAGCAUGUGAAGAACAUUUUCUUCAACAUGUCACAAGAAAUGAGGUAGGACGAUACAUUGUCGCACUACCAUUUAAACAACCAGUCAAUCAAUUAGGAGAGACUCGGUCUAUAGCAAUAAAAAGAUUAAAUUCUCUAGAGAAAAAGCUUCAAACUAAUCCUAUGUUAAAGAUACAAUAUAACACUGUACUACAAGAGUACCUAGACUUAGGUCACAUGUCUGAAGUACCAGAUAAACAAUUACAAGAAGAUGGUUUUUAUUUACCUCAUCAUGCAGUGAUAAAAGAAGAAAGCCAAACAACAAAAGUACGAGUCGUGUUCGACGGUUCAGCCAAGGGUUCCAAGGGUCAUUCGCUCAAUGAAUUGCUACAUGUUGGCCCAACAAUACAGACAGACAUUUUCUCAUUACUACUUCGAUUUAGAUUACACCAGUACGUACUGACUGGUGACAUUGAGAAAAUGUACAGACAAUUUUUAGUACGUCCACAAGAUAGAAAAUAUCAACGUAUUUUAUGGAGAAAUACGUCUGGUAUUAUCAAAACAUAUGAAUUAAAUACUGUAACAUUUGGUCUUGCUCCAUCACCAUUCUUAGCUAUACGAUGUCUACAUAAAUUAGCUGAUGAUGAGCAAGAAAAUUUUUCUAUAGCAUCAGAAAUACUCAAAAGAGAUCUAUAUGUCGAUGAUCUUUUAACUGGUACACAAACACUUGAAGAAGCAAUUAAAUUGAGGGAUGAAUUAAUUCCUUUAUUACAACAAGGUAUGUUAAAUAUACGCAAAUGGGCUUCCAAUGAGCCUAGACUAUCAGAAGGCCUUCCAGAGGCUAACAAAAAUUUACAAUUACAAUUUAAUGACUCCAGUGCAAUAAAAACACUCGGUGUUUACUGGAGAUCUACUACAGAUACAAUUGUUUACACAGUUAAAACAAUUACGUUUGACGAAAUUACAAAACGCAAAAUUUUUUCUGAAAUUGGAAAAAUCUUUGAUCCUCUUGGACUUCUUGGUCCAGUUGUUAUGACAGCAAAAAUAGUUAUGCAACAAUUAUGGAGUAUAAACAUUGACUGGGAUGAACCUGUCCCAUCACCAAUUAAAGAUGAAUGGUUAACAUUUUAUAACCAAUUACAACUUUUAAAUGAUUUAUCUUUUAAAAGACAUACAAUAUUAAAUGAUACAACAAGUAUACAAUUACAUGGCUUUUGUGAUGCCAGUGAAAAAGCAUAUGGGGCUUGUAUUUAUCUCAGGUCCAUUGAUAAAAAAGAUGACACAUAUUUGUGGUCAGAUUCUACAAUUGUUUUACACUGGCUAAGAAAAGAGCCAAGUGUUAUGAAAACAUUCGUGGCAAACAGAAUUGCCAAAAUACAAGAAAAAACAAAAACAACACAAUGGUGCCAUGUACGUACACAUGACAAUCCAGCUGACCUGAUUUCAAGAGGUCAACUACCUGAAGAAUUCAUCAAAACAACAACAUGGCAACAUGGGCCGUCUUGGCUGUGUGAAGAUCCAGAUGGCUGGCCGAAAUUCGAGAUGACCGAGGGUUGCAGUCUACCUGAGCUCAAGGUCAACACAUGUCUCAACACAACGACAAGUUCAACACAACCACAAGUAAAUAUAAACAAUAAAAAUGAUUACAAUAUUUUAACUCGUUAUUCAUCUUGGAAUAAAUUACAAAAUGUCAUUGCAUAUUCUCUGCGAAUGAAAACAAACAACAAGAAUACUGGAGGGCGAUUACAAAAUGCCUCUAUUCCAUACAAUCAAAAGUAUCCAAUCAUUUUACCUAAAAAUCAUCAUGUAACUUCAUUAAUAAUUAAACAUGAACAUAAAAUACACUUGCAUACUGGUACUCAAGCCACAUUAUAUGCUGUAAGACAACAAUAUUGGCCAAUUGAUGGUCGCAAUCAAGUAAGUAAAAUAAUACGCACUUGUACAACAUGUCUACGAGCACAGCCUCGCACAAUUGAUUACCUGAUGGGUAAUUUACCAAAAGCAAGGGUUAAUGAAGCAAUUCCAUUUACAAUAGUUGGGGUUGACUUUUGUGGACCUUUUUUAGUUAAAGAAAAGAAAGAAAGAAAUAGAAUUAAAGUUAAAAUAUACGUAGCAGUCUUUGUAUGUCUCGUCAUCAAAGCUGUACAUCUAGAAAUGGUCAGUGAUUUAACUACAGAUUGUUUUAUUGCUGCUUUAAAAAGAUUUGUUGCAAGACGUGGUUACCCGACUGAUAUUUAUUCAGACAAUGGUUUAAAUUUCCAAGGGGCCAACAAUGAAUUGAUUAAACUGCAAGAUCAAUUAAAAUCAAACGAUGCACGAGAUAAAUUACAAGAAUUUUUUAACACAAAAAAAAUUCAAUGGCAUUUUACGCCACCACUUUCUCCACAUUUUGGCGGACUUUGGGAAGCCGCAGUCAAAUCAUUCAAGCAUCAUUUUAAAAGGGUUAUUAAACCAGAUAUUUUAUUAUCACAAGAAGAAUUCAACACCUUGAUUAUUGAGAUCGAGGCAAUACUCAAUUCACGUCCACUGACACCUAUUUCAACUGAUCCAAAUGAUUUUAUGGUGCUCUCACCUGGACAUUUUUUAAUUGGACUUGCUCUCACAACUAUAAGAGAUCAUGACUACAACAACAUACCCAUGAACAGAAUUCUCAUUCUUCACAUUUGCGGAGACAACCAAUUAUUGAAAGCUUGGAUUCCAGUAGAAUGGGAAAAAUUCUACAAUGAUGAGAUAAUUGAUCUCAUCAUUCAUACUGCUAAAGUAUUGAUUGCUCCAACAUGCUCGUUAGAAUUGGAAUUCCAAAAUCACCAAUUCAAGAUCAAAGAAGAUGACAACGAGCUAUAUUUUAUUGAAGAAAAAUAA